GGUGGACACACCCUCACCAUCUCGAGAGAUGGCCCAAGCUACUGACUCCCCUGUCGCAAACACAUUCGGACCCAUCGACCCUCUGUUCGAUGAAUGUGUUUUGAGUCCUUAGAGGAGCUAGAGGAGGAGUGGUCUAGAUCAGACCCACUAGCUUCUUGGACGGUACUAGUCAAAGCUCCUAAGGCUGAAAUGUUCAUCAGUGAGGUAGUCAUUGGCGGUCGCAAGACCGGGGCCUAUUAUGACACUUGCUCGACGAGGAAUUUCAUUAGUCGCGCAUGCGUUGAGAGGCUGCGCUUACAGGGGCGAGUGCAGCGCCUGAGUCGACCUGUGGAAUCGACCUGUGCCAACAAACAGCGCAUAAUAGUUAACGACUACCUCCAGGACGUUGAGUGCCUGUUCCCGUACGCGGGAGGGGAAUUGAGGCAUCGUGUCUCAUUCCUGGUGAGCGACGAUCUCCCCAUGGACAUACUGUUAGGUAUGUACGACCUCUCUGUUGCACAACCCCAGUUCAACUGGGAUCGAAAAGUGGUCAAACACACUUUGCCAGGUGGAGGGACCGCCAGAUUACAUAAGUUCAAAGCUAGUAGUUUGAUUGAGUCUCACAGAUGCAUGUCUGCGGCCGCAUUCUAUAAUUAUUAUAAGCAACAUCAGGAGGAGGGUACGUAUCUAGUUUACGUCUCUGCUGCAGGCGAGCCGGUGAAAAUGCCGUUGGAGAUAGAGGGAGUAGUUGCCAAAUACCCCGAUCUAUUUGAAGAGCCAACAGGGGUUGUUGAGAGGGAGGUCGUCCACGAUAUAGAGAUUAUCCCAGGGUCUAGCAUCCCAGAGGGUAGGAUCUAUAGGAUGUCUCCAGGCGAGCUUGAUGAGCUUCGCCGCCAACUCAAGGAACUCAUAGAGAAGGGUUGGAUCCGAUCGAGUGUCUCCCCUUAUGGGUCUCCAGUCUUAUUCAUUCCAAAGAAGGGAGGCACUUUGAGGAUGUACAUUGAUUAUAGGGGCCUCAAUGCCAUCACAGUGAAGAACAGGGAGCCCCUACCACGCAUCGACGACUUGCUUGAUAGAGUGCAAGGGUGUCGGUACUUCAGUAAGACAGAUCUGAAGUCCAGGUACCAUCAGAUUGCAAUUCGGCCUGAGGAUCAGCACAAAACCGCCUUUCAGACCAGGUACAGUCUGUACGAGUUUGUGGUGAUGCCAUUUGGUCUGUGCAAUGCUCCUGGCACCUUUCAACACGCUAUGAAUCGGAUCUUUCAUGACUAUUUAGACAAGUUUAUUAUCAUGUACCUCGAUGACAUACUUAUCUUUAGCAGGACUGUCGAGGAGCACGUGGCACACUUAGAUAAAGUCCUCAGUCUCCUUCGUCAACACAAGUUCAAGAUUAACGGUGAGAAGUGCGAAUUUGGCCACACCCGUAUCUUGUACUUGGGUCAUGAGAUUUCCACGGAAGGGUUGAAGCCCGAUGRCGCGAAGGUGGCCAGCAUUCGUGAUUGGCCACGUCCUCAGUCUGUGACUGAGAUGAGAUCUUUCUUAGGGAUGACAGGUUACUAUAGAACUUUCAUAAAGAACUAUAGCAUAGUGGCCGCCCCUUUGACUGAUCUGACCCGCCUUGACACCCCAUGGGAGUGGACAGACGAGUGCGAGGCUGCUUUCAGACAUCUGUAGCAUGCGUUGAUGCACUAUGAGGUCUUGAAACUUCCGGAUCCUGACAAGCCAUUUGUGGUUACCACGGAUGCUAGCCAAUAUGGCAUUGGCGCCGUGCUUGUGCAGCAGGAGGGGCCAAAGUUGAGGCCAGUCAAGUACACGUCUAAGAAAAUGUCGCCUCUGAAGUUGGCAAAAUCAACCUAUGAGAAUGAACUCUAUGGGGUGUA